AUGGAUAGAUAUAAAAAUGACAUAUGGACGGAGGAGGAGGAUAUGUUGCUUAUUCGAUCUCACAGAUCCUAUGGAAAGCGUUGGUCAACAAUAGCUAGGUACCUCCCAGGCAGGCCAGAGAAUGACAUCAAGAAUCACUGGAACUCAAAUAAGCGUAGCCUAAAGUCAAAGCGUCGAUUGCAGAAGAAAAAAAGUGAACCAGUGCCACCCGGGCAACUUUCCAUCCUGGAGGAGUACAUCCGCAGCGUGGAACCGGAAUUCCAAUCCGCAGCACCACACCCACCAGUUAUCGAUCCGAUGUUACUCCAAACAUCGGUGCCCAAGAUGGAAAUGCACCUCAAUGUUGCUAACCAUACUACACCAAUGCACCACCAGCCUAGGGCAAUCAAUCUCAACAAUUCACUGCUACCAGACCUGAACAUCAGCAGUGAUCCACAGGAGACACACUAUAUGGGCUAUCCUAUGUACCCUCCCCUGUCAGCGCCGCAGUUGCAGCUGGUUACCGAAGAGCCCAAAUAUGCCAGCUUCCCGUUUGCGGAACCUCUCACGACGUUGAACAAAGAGCAUACAACUGUUCCAUCCUACUACAUUGGUGAAUCCUGCAACAACAUUGGUGCAAAUGGACACUACAAUGAAGUAGGGCCAAGCAACAUCGGUGACAAUAGUAACCUAGGUGGGGACACCAACACCGUCCUUGAGCUGGCAUCAAGGGAAUUCAUAAUGCCCUCUAGUGAAGAGGUGAGUCUUGGCUUAGCCAGGUUCAAGUGAGGCACACAAAGGGCACCGAUUGCUUAGCUAUUUUAUUUAGUUACUUAAUGGCAAGAAUAUCUUGGUGCAUGAGUGGCAUGUCGAACACUCGUACUUGAAUGAUUUAGAAUUUGCUUUGUGAAC